UUGCUGUUCCCGUAGGCCUAAUCCACGAGUAUCCCGUGAGCAGCAGCAGUCAUGUUGUCAGAUCCAAUCUAUGCGGUCGUAGACCUCUUCACACGCGAGACAGCAAUUGUCAUAGUACCGCUCUUGGGGCUUGCUGUCGCGUUGCUGUGCUGGAGACUAUGGCGCUUCACCAUCAUGCCGCUCAUGAACCCCACGGCGCCAAAGGAGCUGCCGUACUGGAUUCCAUUUUUCGGCCAUGUUCGUUCGUUCUUCAAGGAUUACAAUGAAGCCAUCGACGAGGGAAGGAAAUACUUCAACGACUCCAACUUGCCGUUUAGCGUCUCCAUCGCGGGGGCGCGCAUCUACAUCUGCUACGCCCCUGAAGACGUCGCGGGGCUGUAUCGCAACACCACGACAAUCUCGUACGAAAACGUCAUCAAGGACAUGUAUAAGUGGAUCGGGGUCUCAGAGGAUGGCUUCAACAAAAUGUUCAACGUUGACGAGUCCUGCAAGCACAACGUUGGCAUGCCUCACGCGCUGGCGCCCGCCGUGAUGAUCAACGAGUAUCACCGUCGGCAGACCAAGCCAGGGCAUCUGUUCGACGAUCUCUUGCACAAGAGGACCAUUCCCGGACUUGACCAGACGUUCCAGGAAAUUGUGGACGGAUGCAGCUCGUCCAUCGUCGGACAAUCCGCCGACGAGGCAACAAGCGUCUCGCUCCUCGGACUCUGCACCGACCUGUUCCUCCGCGGCACUACGACGUCGUUCCUCGGCCAGAAGAUAUGGGAGGUCAACCCGUCGCUCUUGGACUCGUUUGCGCUCUGGGAGCGGACGAAUUGGAAGUACAUGUUCCAGAUGCCCGAGUUCAUCAGCGGGGACAUGGUGAGCGCCCGGGACGCCAUCAUCGGCACGUUUGCCGAGUACCUCGCCAUCCCGGCCUCAGAGCGAAGCGACAGCAUCGACUUCCAGAAAUCCGUCGAGGCCAUGAUGCGAGAUGUGGGCGUCGAUGAGAAAGACAUGGCCAAGGUCUUUAUGCUGCAUUUCUGGGCCGUGUUGGGAAACAUAUACAAAGUCGCCUUCUGGGCCAUCGCGCACCUCGCAUACGAUCCGAAUCUUCUCGACGCCUUACGGGCUGAAGUCGCCCCCGCAGUCAAGGACGGCCAGCUGGAUGAGGCCUUUCUCGCAGCAAACUGCCCCCUGCUAGAGUCACUUCUCAGUGAAGUGCUCCGUCUCACGGUCGCGACGGCUCUCGUUCGAGACGUGGUCGCGCCCACGCACAUCCGAGGCAAGACGCUCCAACCCGGGAGCAAGAUACUUGUAUGAAUCCCAUCCUUCACAGCAUACGCAUUCCUCGCUUCAAAUCCUCCUCUCGACGAUACCACUUCUGCGACGACUACUAACCAUUAUCCUCCCGACCUCCCAUCAGGUGCCCUACCGCCAACUCCAUCAAAACCGCUCCGUCUGGGGCGAAGACCCCCUCACGCUUGAGCCCGCGCGCUUCGUCGCAGAGCCGAAGCUCACGUCCUCGAAGUCGUACCGCCCCUUCGGAGGUGGCCAUACCCUGUGUCCUGGCCGCUUCCUGGCCAAGCGCGCCAUGGGAUACGCCAUCGCUGCGCUCAUCACAAAGUUUGAGUUGAGGCUCGACGUUGAGAGGACUCGCAAGGCGGUUGGAGGUAGCGGCAAGUCCGUCAGGUUCCCCAGGAUGGACUCGACGAAGCCGAGCCCCGGAGCAAGCUUGCCCCAUAGGGGCGAGGACGUGUUCUUGUUACUGAAGGAGAGAAAGGGCGCGAUUUAGCUGCAAUGGCUUGGGAGACGGGACGUUUCCUUGUCGCACGCCAUAAACGAGUCGUUUCCCACAUGGCCGUGUU